AUGGUCCGUCUAAGGGAAAUCCCCCGCACAGCGGCCUUUGCUUGGUCCCCCGGUUCCGCUUCCCCGUACAUCGCUACUGGAACGCGUGCCGGUGCUGUUGAUGCGGACUUCUCCAACGAGACCGACUUGGAACUCUGGGAUCUUGCUUUGGAACAGGAGGGAGGUUCUGCGGAGUUACAGCCGGCUGCAAAACUUAGCACUGAGUCCGGGGGUAUCAUCGCAGGUGCAUUGGAAAAUGGAUCGUUGGAUCUUUGGAAUGCUGAUAAGCUGUUGAGCGGAGCGAGGUGGUUCGAUCAAAGCGACCCGCUGGUAUCGAGGGCCUCGCAGCAUUCCGGUCCCGUGAAAACGCUUCAAUUCAAUCCGCGACACUCGAACCUUCUAGCUACCGGCGGAAGCAAGGGAGAGCUUUUCAUCUCAGACUUGAACAAUAUCGACCAUCCGUUCCGACUGGGGAACGUCAAUGUGAGGCUGGACGAUAUUGAAUGCCUUGACUGGAACAAGAAAGUGCCGCAUAUUUUGGUCACUGGGAGCAGCGCAGGCUUCGUAACCGUGUGGGACGUCAAGACCAAAAAGGAGAGUUUAACUUUGAACAAUUUGGGGCGGAAAGCUGUUAGUGCUGUUGCAUGGGAUCCGGAAAAGCCAACGAAACUUAUCACCUCUAUUCCUCUUGAGACAGAUCCGUUAAUUUUAGUUUGGGAUUUGCGCAAUUCCAAUGCCCCUGAAAGAGUAUUGAGAGGCCAUGAAUCUGGAGUGUUAUCACUUUCGUGGUGUGCUCAGGAUCCGGAUCUACUAUUGUCCAGUGGAAAGGACAAUCGGACCAUUUGCUGGAAUCCUCAAACCGGGGUUCAAUACGGUGAAUUCCCCGUCGUGACGAACUGGACUUUCCUGACACGAUGGAACCCACACAAUCCGAAUAUGUUUGCUACAGCUUCAUUUGAUGGUAGAAUUUCCAUUCAAACUAUCCAAAAUACCAAGAGUGAUGCCAUUGCACAGGCCGGAGCAAGCCAGGUUCAACCUGUGGACGAUGAAGACUUUUUCGCAAAGGCUCAGUCACAACCACAGGCUUCCACGUUCUCGUUGCCAACAGCCCCCAAAUGGUUGCAAAGGCCUAGCAGUGUUUCGUUUGGCUUUGGCGGUAGAGUCAUCUCCGUCGGCUUGACUGACCCAAGCAAGCCUGCCUCUCGCACCUCGAAAGUCAGAAUAACUCCGUUCGAAGUAGAUUCAAUUCUCAGCAGUACCACUCAAACAUUUGAGGAAGCUCUUAAAGCAGGCGAUCUACGUAGAAUAUGCGAAACUAGAAUUGAAAAUGCGCAAAAUGAUUCGGACAGAGCUGAUUGGAAGAUUAUUGAAACAUUGAUAUCCGACAAUCCAAAAAAGCAGGUCAUUAAUUAUUUGGGCUUUUCGAGCGAGGUUGAUGAAACGGCUGACAGCCUCUCGAAACUUGGGCUGGGGAAGAGUGAAGAUGGGGGUGCUAAUGGGGUGCCGGAAUCAGAUUCUCGUGGUCCAGGAGUAAAGAAACACAAACGGUUAUCUUCGAUUUUCGAUACACAUGCCGACAGUGACAACUUCCUUACCGACUUGUCUGCGUCGAAAGGUGCCAAGACAAAUAAUCCGUUCCAGAUCUACACUGGUUCGGAAUCUGAGGCUGAUAGAGGAAUCACACGAGCGCUCCUUCUCGGAGACUUCGAGAAGGCGCUUGACAUAUGUCUCCAGGAAGACCGGAUGUCUGAUGCUUUUAUGGUUGCGAUAUGCGGAGGCCAAAAGUGCAUUGACAAAGCCCAGGAAGCCUAUUUCCAGAAACAAUUGGAAGGGCCUAACUAUCUCAGAUUGAUGGCUGCUAUCGUUGGCAAAAAUCUGUGGGACAUUGUCCAUAAUGCAGGCCUUGCAAACUGGAAGGAGGCCAUUGCUACUAUCUGCACCUUUGCAACCGAUGCAGAAUUCCCUGAUCUCUGCGAGACGCUAGGAGACAGGCUUGAGGAACAAGCCAAAGCCGAAGGCGACAAGGAAGGUCGUAAAAAUGCGGCUUUCUGCUUUUUGGCUAGCUCAAAGCUUGAGAAAGUCGUGGGAAUUUGGAUUGAUGAACUUCAAGAGAACGAAAAUAAGGCUAUCCAGGAAGCCACUAACGGCGAGACGAGUUUCUCGAUCCAUGUCCGUGCCCUGCAAAGCCUAAUCGAGAAAGUGACUGUGUUCCGCCAUGUGACGAAGUUUGAAGAUGCAGAAAAGCAAAAGCCGUCUGAUUGGAAGCUUACCCUUCUCUAUGACAAGUAUAUUGAAUAUGCUGACGUCGCUGCCGCCCAUGGACAAUUGGGCGUCGCAGAAAGAUAUCUUGACCUACUACCCCAAGCUCAUCCUGCCGCGGUGGUCGCAAGAAAUCGGAUCAAGCUCGCUACCGAGAAGACUACCGCGAGAUCAGCUCCUGCGCAUAUCUCUGCCGCCUCCCAUUUGACUACGAAACCCCUUCAACAGCUCAAUGUUCCUCAUGGAAUGUACAACCCAAGCGCACCCAUGACCCAAGCAAACAACCUUUACAAACCGCCAGCUCCUAUGCAAGUCAGCAAUCCAUAUGCUCCAGCAGGCGCCUCAUCUGCUUAUUUUCCAGCUGGCUAUCAACCGUCGCAACAACAUCAACCAACGGUUCCUCUUGGAGGCCCACCACAAGCAUUCGGAACUGCCCAGCAAUCAAACAUCGCCCCACCACCCCGUGCUGCCAAUCAAUCACCAUCAACGGUUACAUCUUACACACAGGCAACGAAUCUUCCAGCCUGGAAUGAUUUGCCUGAAGGGUUUGCCAAAGCUCCAACACCACGGCGCGGUACCCCGAGCGCAGCUGCUGCUACCAUCAGCUCACCCUUCCCUCACCAGCAACCCCCACAACCUUCACAAUCCCCCCAAACGAUGUCCCCUCACCAGCCUCCACCCCCUAGACAAAGGACCUCGAUGGCAGUCCCACCUCCACCCAGAGGCCCAGCUCCCCCGCGAAUGACAUCACCUCCAGCAAUGGGCCAGCCGCAUGGAUUCCAAGCACCCGAAAGACCUCCCUCAACUUCAAGCGCAUAUACCCCAACCACCCAGCAUGCCCCAACUGGGCCAGGGAUGAACGUUCCUCAAAUCCCUCGUGGGCCUUCGCCUUACAAUGCACCUCCAACCGGACCACCGCCCUCCAAUCGAUAUGCGCCAAGCCCUGCAGCGCAACCAUCUGCUCCUCAACCUCCUCGACCGGCGGUUGCGGCACCACCGCCCACUGGGCCUCCUGCACCUGCGCCAGCCCAAUCUCCAUAUGCGUACCAACAUCCUCCUCCUCCUGCACAUGGGCCAUACGCGCCACCUAGGGCCCCUACGGCGGCAAGACCAGAUCAUCAGCCCUUGCACCAGCCUCCACCUCCAGGUUCUUCACCGGUUUCGCGACCAGGAACUGCACAAUCGCAGAGGAAAUCAGCCCCAGCUGCGAAAUAUCCACCCGGGGACCGCUCCCACAUUCCUGCCAACGCUCAGCCAAUCUUCGAAAUCCUUUCUGCAGACAUGCAGCGUGUCAAAGCGCGUGCACCAACCUCGUUUAAGGCGCAGGUCAACGACGCAGAGCGACGACUGAAUAUACUCUUUGACCACUUGAACAAUGAAGAUCUGCUUAAGCCUGCUACGGUAGAGAGCAUGGCUGAACUUGCGCGGGCGCUGCAGGCCCGCGAUUACGAAACGGCGCAGUCGAUACAUUUGGAUAUUUUCACUAAUCGGAACGAUGAGUGUGGGAAUUGGAUGGUUGGUGUGAAACGGUUGAUUGGCAUGAGCAGAGCGACGCCUUGA